UAUGUGCAUUAGACCAGGACUAGUGAAAGACCAGAGCGUUACAAAGUUUUAGGAAACCUACAAAGAAUAUGUAGCUUUGGUGAGUGAGAACGUAAUUUAGACUUGAAUGUAAUCUAGAGGGGCGCAGGAUGGAAUCAAAUGGCAACCUGUGGAAACAUCACUUGCUUUAUAGGUUAGUACCUGUACUUAGAGAAGGAGACAGAAAACCAUACAGCUCUUUUUUAUGCCAGCAUGUUUUAAUACUUUGAUCAUGUUUGUGGAGCAAAGCUUACUUCUUCCUCCUUGUUCUGGACUCGUCUGUGGUGGGCAGAGGUGAAGACAAAAUCCUGACAAACAUAUGCAAAGUACUUGAUUAUUUGAUUACCUAUUCUAGUUAAUGUGUAAUCACAAUGUAGGCGGUGCUGUCAUGCCAUCCAUUGUGUACAGUUCCUUGAUUUACGGAAAAGUUCAUAGUCUAAUUAAAGACUGCGGGUUCCUCUAGGUUGGAUUCAAAUGUUGGAGUUUCUCACAUGGGACAGACAUGGCUAAAGGAGUGUACAUCUCUAAAACUCUGGCUAUUGCCACAGUGGUGCUGACACUUUCUGCGCUUGGUGGCAUCAUUGUUAUGGUCACCCUGUACCAGAUGCAAAUAGCAAGAAACCGACCAGUGCGUCCACCGAGCCCGGUUCCUACUACACCGAUUCCAACAGGACUUCCACCAACUCUGAGACUUCCAGAAAAUUUGAUUCCGGAGAGCUAUGAACUCAACCUUAAACUACACCUAUACACGAGACUGCCCAACGCCACUGAGCAAGAUUAUCUUUUUGAAGGAAACUCAACAGUCAGGUUUAAAUGUGUGAAAGACACAUGGACUAUCUUCCUUCAUGCCCUGGAUCUAUCUGUUGAAACAGUUAUAGUGACCCAAGAAAACACAAGAGAAAAUAUAGGAGUAGAGAGAUACACUUUACACAAUGACUCUAAUUUCUUUGAGAUCCUGCUUAAAAAACAGUUAAAAGGAAAUGGGGAUUAUUAUGAACUUUUCACUAAAUUCAAAGGGGAACUUUUAGAUGAUUUGACUGGUCUUUAUCCAAGCCAGUACACAGAGAAAGGUCAUGAUGAUAAAGAAGAGAAAAGAUUUCUCGUCGCAAGCCAGAUGCAAGCCACAGAUGCUCGAAAAGUAUUCCCUUGCUUUGAUGAACCAGCUAUGAAAGCAGUUUUUAAUAUUACCAUUAUCCACAGACCUAAUACCAGAGCCAUUUCCAAUGCUAAAUUAGACAAUGAAAGAUAUGUGGAAGAAGAAGGAAAUAAGUGGAUUGCCUCUACAUUUGCCACAACACCAAUCAUGUCAACAUAUCUCCUGGCUGUCACAGUAAAUGAAUUUAUGAAUGAGCACGAUGAACAUGAUAAGAAGGAAAUAUCGAUCUGGGCCCGACCCGAGGCUGUGGCUGCUGGACAUGCCACAUAUGCCAUGAGUAUCACUGGGAAGAUUCUAAGCUUUUAUGAAAAGAAAUUUAACUUAAAAUACCCAUUAAACAAACUAGAUCAGGUUGCCCUGCCUGACUUCAGUGCAGGUGCUAUGGAAAACUGGGGUUUAACAAUGUACCGUGAAUCAGCUCUGCUGUAUAAGGAAAGUGUGUCCUCUUCUUCCGAUAAAGAAUGGGUUGCCAUUGUGAUAGCACAUGAGCUUGCACAUCAGUGGUUUGGAAACCUUGUCACGAUGAAGUGGUGGAACAACCUUUGGCUAAGUGAGGGAUUUGCAACGUACAUCUCAUACCUGGGAGUGGAUGACAUCGAGCCUACGUGGAACAUAAGGGAUAUGUUUGUGCUGAAGGAAAUCCAGCCAGUUAUGGAGCUAGACUCACUGAACGCUUCUCACCCUCUCAGCUUGAGCGAGUCAGAAAUUGAGACAGCAUCUGAAAUCUUGGGACUCUUUGACAGCAUCACCUACAACAAGGGUGCAGCUGUGCUUAGAAUGUUGUCAGCAUACAUGGGGGAGGAAAAGUUUUUUGAAGGACUUAGGAAGUACCUUGAGAGAUACAAAUACAAGAAUGCUGACACUAAAGACCUGUGGACGUGUAUGAAGGAGGUUACACAUGAGGAAAUAGAGAGCAUUAUGACAUCAUGGACUGAGCAGGUGGGCUACCCAGUCAUCAACAUAAAUACCACCACUGGAGAGAUUGCUCAGGAGCAGUUCCUUUUAAAGAGAGGAAAGGACCCUGGUAGACUUGAAUGGCAGGUUCCAAUUACUUAUAUGAAAUCGGAUUUUGUUCAGAAGAAAGAUUUACUAAAAGAUAAGGGGCCAGUUAGAAAGCCUGCUUAUGAAGUCACUGAUGAUGGAUGGUUACUAGUCAAUCUAAACUGCAACGGUUAUUACAGAGUGAAUUAUGAUGAACAGAACUGGAAUAGACUUAUCAAUCAACUGGAGACCAAUCAUGAAGUUAUCCCACUCAUCAACAGAGGCCAGUUAAUUGACGAUGCAUUUAAUCUUGCUAGGGCCAAAUACAUCAAUGUCACACUGGCAUUAAGUACAACCAAGUAUCUGAUAAAUGAAACCGAGUAUUUUCCAUGGGAGUCAGCCGUAAACAACUUGGAUUACUUUAUUCUCAUGUUUGAUCGCUCCGAGGUCUAUGGCCCUAUGCAGAAAUACCUGCGAAUGCAAGUUGUCCCGCUUUACAAUUACUUCCAAGAGUACACUGACAAUGCAACUGUUCCAAGGAACCUUACUGACCAAUAUAACCAAAUCAAUGCCAUUUCAUUGGCAUGCAGCAAUGGUUUUACUGAGUGCACAGACAUGGCAACAAAGCUUUUUAAUGAGUGGAAAAAUGGGACAAAUCGGAUUCCAGCUCACUUAAAGCCCACCAUCUACUGCAAUGCCAUAGCAGCUGGAAAUGAGGAUGACUGGGAUUUUGCAUGGAAAAAAUAUGAAGAAGCUACACUUGCAACAGAACAAGAUGUCCUGAGAUAUGCACUCUCCUGCACCAAAAUAAUUUGGCUCUUAAACAGAUACCUUGAGUACACUCUAGACCCCAACAAGAUAAAAAAAAUGGAUGCAGUGUCUACCAUAAACUACAUUGCCAGAAAUGUAGCUGGACAAGCUCUUGCCUGGGAUUUCAUUCGGGCCCAAUGGACCUACAUAAGUCAUUUGUAUGGAGGUGGGAUAAUAUCUGUUGGUGGGAUAAUUGAUGAUGUGACCGAGAGGUUUUCUACAGACUUUGAGCUCCAACAGCUAAAGCAGUUCCGAAAUGAACUUGAUGAAGAUGGCCUUGGGCCAACUACACGAGCUCUUGAUCAGGCAAUUGAGAGAACUGAAGCCAACAUUAAAUGGGUGAAAGAGACUAAACAGACUGUGCUGAACUGGUUUAUAGAACAGACACAGAUUCACUGAGCAUUCACAGGUUUGCACAACUCAGUAUGCAUUGUACAGCCUGGGCAAUGAGAAACAGAUGUAGAGUAAUGGUGCGGUUAAAGAGACAACAUCCUGUGUUUCACAAUAGUUUUUUCCACAAGAAAAGCCUGUUUCAUAAGGAGAUCUGAUCAUUUUGAAUCGGAACAUAAAAAAAACAUGCAUUUUUCUCCCCCUAGAACUAUCUGAUUAAAAAAAAGAAGAAUUAUGUAACUAUGCAAUUUAUCCUCUUCUUUUUUAACAUAGUUAAUAGGAGAUUAUCUCAGAUAAUUUUAAUAUCAGCACAUUGCUUUGAAAAUAAUUGUAAAAUUGCAUAGUACAGUGCAAUUGUAUAGGUAUUUAAAUAAUACUGGUGCCAGUUUUUGUCUAAUUGGCACCAAAUUAAAUAUAAAAUACAUAUUAGUCUUAACAUUAACCUAGAAAUUUUGUAGACUUUAUGGCUUCAUUCAUGUGUAGUACUGCAAAUUAAAAAAAAUUAUACAGAUGAAGUAACAAAAGUAUGUUACUUACUUAGGAAUAUUGAGCAUUUUAAAUAAAUAUAUUUAUUUACUCAACAUUAUAUUUUGUAAGUAUAGUAACUAGUAUAAAUGAAUAUACUCCUUGCCUUAAAUCUGUCUGUUUCUGAAUGCCAAUUAAAUUAUAAAACUUUUGGAUUAUUUUUAUUUUCUUAAAAAGGAUUUUCUAUUUGGUUGAUAGUAUGUAUGUAUGUAUGUAUUUAUGUAUAGAUCAAUAUAUUGGAUCCACAUGGCCUUUAUGUGCAUAUAUCAGCCAUUUUAUCAGGUUCACUUACCAUAAACUUGACCGUUGUGGGUAUAAUGCUA